UAAAAGCUGUGCGGCCCUGCAGUAGAGCUCUAGUGUUACUCGGGGAGAGACACAGACAAAAAGAGAAGACCGAUCUUGCCCUCUUCUGGCUGCUCCAUCCUCUCGGUGUUAACUGUAUCAUGGCCAGGAACUUGCUGAAGAACCCCAGUGGGGAAGAGCAGCUCGAGUUCUGGGAGCUGACAGAGAACAAUGGGAGUCAGUGGAAGGUGGAGGACAUGCCAGGAGACUGUGGCUUUGAGUUCUGCAAUGACGGCGUGACCAAAUACUUUGCAACAUCUUUUGAGCUGUGUCUGAAGAGACAGGUGAUCGACCUGGUAGCUGAGGGUUAUUCUGAUGAACAGCUGGAUGCUCAGCCUGCUGUAAAGGUGGAAGACUGGUACUGCGGGAGGACAGAUUGUGGCUGCACUUAUCAAGUGAUCGUCUGUCUGCUGGAUAAUAAUAAGGAGGUCAUACAGGAGUUCAAACCCGAGCCAGUGACUCUCGACCCUGACAAUGACGACUGCUCAUGGAAACAGAUCAGCCAUACAUUUUCAGACUAUGGCCCUGGGAUGCGUUUCAUUUCCUUUGAACACGGAGGACAAGAUACCAAAUACUGGGAUGGCUGGUUUGGAGUCCGGGUCACUGGAAGCUCCGUUACCGUCGAGGUCUGAAGAGGGGUUAGUAGUGAAGGUGAAAUGAGUUACAGGGGGGAGAUAUAACCCUGGUGAAAGAGGGAAGGAGGGGACUCCUGAGUGAGACGGUGUAUUAGAGGUUUAAGUGUUUCUAGAGAACCAGCUUUGUCUUAUGCACAAUCUAUUAAUGCUGUGGAAACAAAGUGCUGCUCUGAAGACUGUAGUAAGAGAAAGAACGCUACCCUGAUGGCUUGUCUGCUUUACUAACUUCACAAAACUGCUGCUUGCAUUAGUCUUAAAUCAUGAUCUCUUAACGACUACCUCUGCGCUGUGACUUAUCCUGCUGUUCAACCAAAUGAUGUGUUUGGUGUGUGGGCCAGUUAUGAGCAGUAGAUUGGUUUAUCAUUUAAACUGGAAUUAAAAUAUAAGAACGGUAUAUAUAUUAAUGCCUGUUUUUUGAGUUUCAGUUGAUCUAAUGAGCAGAAUUUAAUAAAUCCUCAUCACAGGGUGGCUACUUACCAGCCAUGAUGAUCUAUACGUAGUUUUUAGUCAUUUUUAUUGCAGGAUAUUGCUUUCACUCUAUUUCAACUUUGCUUGUUUUUCUUCCCUCGCCCUUUCUGAUAUUAAUUUGUUAUUUUUAGGGAGCCGAAUUCUACAUCUGGGACUAUAGAUAAAAACUAGCCUUUUAGCUUACUCUGGCAUAUUUACAGAAAAAGUUGAUUGAUUGCGCUUUGUCCCUGUAAAAUAAAUAAAUAAAAUAAAAUGAAUAAAAAUUACAUUGACAAUGUGAACACAGAGUUGCAUGGUGUGAGGUUGGACCUGUUUGCAUUUACCAAAACUGACUUCAGGUAGUUAAAAGUGUGACGGUGGUAAAACAGUUAAGACCAAUGAAGAAGAAAAAUAUGUUUGCUUGUGACAGCUGGGGAGCAAAUUUAUCUUUUUUUUUGUAAUAAAGUUUUAUUUCAAGGUGCCAGUUUUUACUUUGACAUUUAUUUUGGGGGUUUUAUGCCUGUAAUGUAAAUGAGAUGGUGGAUGAAGUCUGACACUGAGGACAAAGAGAGUGGGGAAAAGCAAGCAGGAAAGUAGCCACAGGCUGGACAAGGACGACGGUGUCUGCACAUGGGACAUGUGGACAGAACAACCAGGCUACC